ACUCUUCCUGGUUUUAUUAUCCCUCUACAACCAUUCGCUUUGUCGUAUCUCAAUUUAUAAAACUUCUUUUUUAUUUCCACCAUUGGAUAAAACGGAAUCACUUGAAAGCAAUUCUACUUAUAAAGCUCAAAACUCGAUAAACAUUUCUAAACAUUUCUCGUGACAAAAUGGUUUCGUCUACGGUUAAGGUGUCAGCGGCGUCGAACGUCUGCAGGCAUGUAAACAUGGGCACGUCAGCUCGCGUUUAACGUUUAAACAAUAAAAAGAUAGACUCUUAUCUUUUUUAACUCAGGUAAUGUUUCUGCUUGUGUAUUUAUUGUAUCAGACGUGUUCAAUAGCAAGUGUAUACAUUAUACUGGCGUUACAUUACAACGUUUCUUCUUCUCCCGCGGAGGGCGGCUGCGUCUUAAAUCUUGUAAACUGCCUCACGAUACAACACUCAUUAUUAAGUAACAGUUGCAGUAAACUGAACGAUCCUGUCUAGCUAGGCAGGUCACGAGGGUUUGGAGACGUAUCUGUUUCACCGGGUCUGUAGUGUUGUUGGGUGUUGUUGGUGUUGUUGAACGUCACUGACAGUAACCGGCUACAGCCGGUUUAGACCGUGUUGAUUUUGCUUCCUCCCCUGAGUUGUUUCAUCGUGUGUGUUGAAACCGGCAGAUUCUCUUCAAAUCGCUCGUAAUCUAAACAAUCUGACAUAUUAUUCGCUUUUAACCGGGUCGGUCGUUUAGCUUCCGUUUCUGACAAGAUUUGAUUAAAGUUUUUUUGUGUGUUCUUAAUAAAGAAGAACGGUUGAGUAUCACACGUCAGGUAGUAAAACACCGAGAUGAUACAGAUUUACAUUUUUCUGCUUUGUUCACGUGGAUCAGAUUGAGUUUUGCAUUGGGAUGAGUUGAGUUGAUCUUCAACUGUGUUGUAGGUUCAUACUCCUCCGUGUCAGCCAUGGAGAGUACUAACGUCACUCUGACUGUGAGAGGGACCACAGCUUUGGGUGAGGUGAUCGCAGUGGUUGGCAGUUGUGAAACCCUGGGCAGCUGGUGUCAUCAAGAAGCCGUGACCUUGCAACCAACAGAGGAAGAUGGCACCCUUUGGAGAACUACUGUUCUGGUACCUAGAGGAACUGAAACCAAAUAUCGCUAUUUCAAAGGCUUCUUUUUUGAAUCUAAGAACGCAGAUGGGCCAUGUCAAGUCAUAGUCAAUAGAUGGGAGACCCAUCAACAGCCACGCUCACUGAGUCCCUCAGAGCCAGAAUUUCAGAUUGACGACGGGCAUUUUGGAUUGCAAAAUGAUGCUGAAUGUUUGGACUCCGGAUGGUUGACGUGCCAGACUGAAAUUCGUCUCAGGCUGCAUUUCUCAGUGAAAGCUCCAGUAUCUAUAACUAAAAAGAAGUUCAAGAACUCUCGCUUCAGAUUGAAACUGAUGGUUGAAGGCAUUGAAGAGGAAGAGGAGGAGAGCCCGUCAUCAACAUGUCAUAAGAUGACCACCACGUUAGAGAUCAGUAUGAUUAACAACGACGGAUACAAAUCUCGUCAUUCCCAGCCGGAAUGCGGCUACGCCCUGGAACCCUCACAGUGGACAGAGUACAGCAUUCACACCAUGGACCCCGACAACCUGGAACUCAUCUUUGAAUUCUUUGAGGAGGACCUGAGUGAGACCGUGGUUCAAGGUGAUGUCCUCCCAGGCCUCGUGGGCACCGCGUGUCUCUUGUCUUCCUCGUUCGUGGAGAAUGGCAAAGAUUUCAGUUUGGUCACCCUGCCCAUCAUGAGCCGAAACUCCAGACAGACCAUUGGGAAAUUCAGAGUGGAUUACCUGGUGAUACGUCCAAUCCAGGGCCUGCAGUGUGACAUGAGACAUUGUUUCAGCAAAUACUGGAAGAAAAGAAGCGCGUUAGAUGUUGGACAUAGAGGGGCAGGCAGCACACAUGCACAUAAACAUCACAAGAUCAGGGAAAACACAAUUGCCUCGUUUUUAAGUGCCGCCAGCCAUGGAGCCGCUUACGUCGAGUUUGACGUUCAUCUCUCCAAGGAUUUAGUUCCAAUCGUUUACCACGAUCUCACCUGCUGUAUUUCAACAAAGAAGAAAAAUGACAAGAAUUCAAUGGAAUUGUUUGAAGUUCCCGUAAAGGAUCUGACCUUUGACCAACUUCAGCUUCUUAAACUUGCCCAUAGAACUGCUUUGGUAGUUCAAGACCACAAAGACCUGCAGGAUGAAGAGGAUUGUAUAGAUGAACACCAGCCUUUCCCUUCACUUUCACAGAUAUUCCAGGCCGUUCCAGGACAUGUGGGAUUAAACAUUGAGCUAAAGUGGAUCGCUCAGUUCAAGGACGGCACCUGGGAUGCGAAUCUCUCCACCUACUUCAACAUGAAUCAGUUCCUAGACAUCAUUCUCACAUGCGUGCUGCAGAACGCCGGAGACAGGAGGAUAAUCUUUUCCUGUUUCGAUCCUGAUAUUUGCACAAUGGUCAGGCAAAAGCAGAACAAAUAUCCCAUCCUGUUUCUGAGCCAGGGUGUGACCGACAUCUACCCCGAGUUAAUGGACAUCCGCUGUCGGAACACGAAGAUCGCCAUGAGCUUCGCUCAGAGCGAGAACAUUCUGGGAAUCAGCGCUCACACAGAUGAACUCCUACAGCACAUGGAGUUUAUCAGAGAGGCUCAGUCCAAAGGGCUGGUGGUCUUCUGCUGGGGUGACGAUAACAACGACCACGAAAACAGAAGGGAGUUGAGGGACCAGGGCAUCAACGGGCUUAUCUAUGACAGAAUCUGUGAGGAUAAGACCGAACAACCAAACAUCUUUAAAGUAGAGGAAGAGAUUUCUAUAAAGGAGGUCAUCUCAGAGGAGACGCGACAAACAUGUGCCUGCUCCACCUACAGCAUUCCCUGCUCUUCCACACCUUGUGUGGGGAAAGGCCGGGAGACCAGCGGAGAGUCAGACUCCGGCCUCAGCUCCUCAUGAGGAUCACUCGUCUCAUCCACUUCUAUGUAUCAAACUAAUGUCUUACAUUCCCACAAUGCAACAGAACCAAUGCACUCUGUCAUUUAGCUAAACUUUACUUGAAUCUUAUUUGGAUGGCAGAGGACAGGUGUGUAGAGUAUGAUCAUGAGACAUCACAACACUAGCUUUCGCAACAGUCGCAACAUUUUUUUGCUGCAUUUAGCCAGAUUGCUGUAUAUUUGCAUGCAAAAAUAGUAUACGUAAUGUGCAAAUGAAAUUUCAUUUCGAAUAUGUAGACGUCUCAAGAACGUCCAUUUCUUCUCUUAUUCAUUUCUCUUUAUUUUAUCUGAGGAAUUAGUAUCGACGUAUACAAUGUAUUAUUUCAUGAACAACAAAUGCAGGGGUAUUAAAAUGUAUGUACUGUGCUGAGGGCUGUUUUAUUCUUGGCAUUGUCACCUGUAGACAGUAGACACACUCCUGCUUUAAAGAAAUAUUAGUUGAUCAAAACCACUUCUGUCUACAGAUUAUGAAUGAAACACUAAUUGUUUCAACAGAUCAGCACUUCAGCAGUGCAAUUCUCAUACUGUAUUUACUUGUAUAUUGAUGUAUGAAUGAUUGUCCUUCUGUAAUCUCUACGUGCAUGAGCUAACCAUCAGUGUGGUUGAAUGUGCUCACAAUAAUACUGCUGUUUUGACAGUCGGAUCAUGCAUAUUUGCUGUCAUGCGCCACACUGGACUAAAGCAACUGAACGAAUCCACACUCAUUAUAUAGGCAUGCAUCACUGCCAAUUUAGAACAAAACAACGCUCUGAGAGCCAGAAUAAACUGAUUCCAUACCAAUUAAAACUUUUUAAAAUCCUA